AUUUACACCUGUCAGGGGCGGGCGGCGCCCGCCCGCAUCUCGGCAGGUGUCUAGCUCAUUCAUAAGAGACAAAACAGUAGCGUGAUGUGUGCAAAACCCGUUCAUUCUACUACCUCUCAAUCCAAAGCAGAUGGAACCUUCGGCUGACGAUGUCCAAAUUGCAGUUGCCUGGGGUCUGCAUUACUUAGCGUACAUACGCAUGACCCAGGCUACAUUCUGGACCUAUGAUUACGUUUGUCUUCUUCACGAAGAGUGGACGUUCCUGCGUCAGUCGCGCUGGACUAGGGUAAAAGUCAUUUAUAUAUUUGCACGAUAUGUCCCCUUUUUCUCCAUGGCUUUGGGCCUAUAUAUGGCCUUUGCACCAGACGAGAACCCCGAUAAAUGCAGGGUGCUAAUCGAUAUUUACUCGUGUUUUGGACUGAUAUCACUCACUUGCUCCGAAUGGAUUUUUGUGCUCAGAACAUGUGCGCUUUGGAACAACAAUCGGAUCUUACGCGUAGUCAUGCAGACCACCUUUUUUGCUGUUAUUACAAUAUCCGCUGGCCUUCUUUUUACGGGAAUAACCCUCUCAUAUGUCGUGACCAGCAUGAUCCCAGGCAUCACAGGAUGUUACUGGAGCUUGGGCGGUGUCUUGUAUUCCAUGUCGUUUGUUUUCUUGCUUAUAUGUCAAUUGGGACUGUUCUCCCUCACACUCAUACAUGUCAUACAGAGCUGGCGGACAGCCAGGGGGCAUCUGUACACUAUCCUGGUAAAGCAUAACAUAUUCUACUAUGCAUGCGGUGUCUUUCUCUCGGCCAUGAAUGUCCUCACACCAUUGCUGUUCUCUGAUUCGGUAUUUCACUCGUUUGAAGAUUUGGAGAUCUGUGUCCUUGCGAUCCUCGCUACACGCAUGCACCUCUAUCUCUGGCACAGCAACCAGCAGCACGUGAACAGCUCUGGUUUGCAGACAUUCCUAUCAAAUACUUGCAUAUUCGUCGGAUCGGAGCCCGAGGUGACCGAGUAAAGUACUUCCUUUGAGGCCUUGACCUCCGAGUCAAGAACGUGAUAGAUUAAAAUGUACCCAUAUCGAUCGAAACCACGAGUGACGAGGGUCAAUCAGACUCUGCUAUUUGCGUGUACUUUUUUUUCGCUAAAGACAUAUUUUCG